CAGCCGGCGUCUCUGCCUGCCCAUCCAUCGCCUCCCGCCCGGCUCGCUCUGAAGGCUGCAUUUUCCAAAGCCGCGCAGUCCGGCAGUCGACGUCGAGAGUCAGUCGAUUCAUCGUACGAUCUUCCUCCUCCCUUCUCAUCAUAUCAAUCCCCCUCUCUCUCAUCGCCAUCAUGUACGGAUUGUCAAGAGGACUUCGAUCAGCGGCGGCACCGACCGCUCGCAUGAUGCGACCACAAACCCCCGUCAUGCCGCGAAUGGCACCUCUCGGCGCCCGCUUCAACUCUGGCGGCAAGGUCCAGGGAAGCGUCAUUGGUAUCGACUUGGGAACCACCAACUCAUGUGUCUCUGUCAUGGAGGGCCAGCAGGCUCGUGUCAUCGAGAACUCAGAAGGUGGCCGCACCACACCCUCGGUCGUCGCUUUCACCAAGGAGGGCGAGCGUCUUGUCGGUGUCCCCGCCAAGCGUCAGGCAGUCGUAAACCCGGAGAACACUCUCUUCGCAACGAAGCGUCUCAUUGGCAGGAAGUUCCAGGACAAGGAAGUGCAGAAGGACAUCAACAACGUCCCCUUCAAGCUCGUCCCCCACACGAACGGCGAUGCCUGGGUCGAGGCUCAGGGCCAGAAGUACUCUCCCUCUCAAAUCGGCGCCUUCGUUGUCGGUAAGAUGAAGGAGACCGCAGCUGGCUACCUGGGCAAGCCCGUCAAGCACGCCGUCAUCACUGUCCCCGCCUACUUCAACGACUCGCAGCGUCAGGCUACCAAGGACGCCGGUACCAUUGCCGGUCUCGACGUCCUCCGUGUCAUCAACGAGCCUACCGCAGCUGCCCUCGCCUACGGUCUCGACAAGACCGAGGCGUCCGUCAUUGCCGUCUUCGACUUGGGAGGAGGUACUUUCGAUAUCUCGAUCCUCGAGAUGCAGAAGGGCGUCUUCGAAGUCAAGUCGACCAACGGUGACACCCACCUCGGUGGUGAGGACUUCGACAUCGUCCUCGUCGAGCACCUCGUCAAUGAGUUCAAGAAGGACUCUGGCAUUGACCUCAGCAAGGACCGCAUGGCUAUCCAGCGAAUCCGUGAAGCUGCCGAGAAGGCCAAGAUUGAGCUCUCCAGCACCUCGCAGACCGACAUUUCGCUCCCCUACAUCACCGCCGACGCCUCGGGACCCAAGCACAUCAACUCCAAGAUGUCGCGUGCUCAGCUCGAGUCCCUCGUCGGCAAGCUCAUCGACCGAACCGUCGACCCUUGCAAGAAGGCUCUCUCAGACGCCGGCGUCAAGCCGUCCGAGAUCCAGGAGGUCAUCAUGGUUGGUGGUAUGAGCCGUAUGCCCAAGGUCGUCGACACGGUCAAGAACAUCUUCAAGCGUGACCCCUCCAAGGGCGUCAACCCUGACGAAGCCGUCGCCAUCGGUGCCUCCAUCCAGGGUGGUGUGCUUUCCGGCCAGGUCACCGACAUUCUCCUCCUCGACGUCACCCCCCUCUCGCUCGGUAUUAACACCCUCGGCGGCGUCUUCACUCGUCUGAUCAACCGCAACACCACCAUCCCCACCAAGAAGAGCCAGGUCUUCUCGACUGCUGCUGACGGCCAGUCUGCCGUCGACAUUCAGGUCUACCAGGGAGAGCGCGAGCUCGUCCGCGACAACAAGCUCCUCGGCAACUUCCAGCUGACUGGCAUCCCGCCGGCGCCCAAAGGUGUACCCCAGAUUGAGGUCACUUUCGACAUUGACGCCGACGGAAUCGUCAACGUCUUUGCGCGCGACAAGGCCACUAACAAGGACGCCCAGAUCACCAUUGCUGCCGGCUCGGGUCUCUCAGACAACGAGAUUGAGCGCAUGGUGAACGAUGCUGAGCAGUACGCCGAGUCGGACAAGGCUCGCAAGCAGGUCAUCGAGGAGUCGAACCGCGCUCAGUCUGUCUCUGCAGAGACGACCAAGGCGCUGAGCGAGUUCAAGGAACAGAUUGACAAGGCCGAGGCAGAGAAGGUCGAGGCCCUGAUCAAGGAGGUCGAGGAGAUGGCCACCAAGGGUCAGGCGGGUGAGGAGGGACUCGAGGCUCAGACGAUCCGCAGCAAGAUCGACGAGCUUCAGCAGGCGUCUCUCUCGCUGUUCAAGAAGGUCUACGAGAGCAGGAAUCAGCAGGGCGGUGAGGGUGAGCAGCCCAAGGAGGGUCAGGAGGGUGGUGAGAAGAAGGAGUAAGCGAUGCGCGGCGGCGAAUGUGAAGGAAUCAACUCAAAAUGAUGCUCGACGCUCGACGCUCGACGUGGCUGUUUCUCUUUUGUAUCACCCCACCAUCCACCAUUGUCCCUUGCCACCACUCAUGACACGUCUCGAGAUUCGUAGAGAGGCAUUCAAUCAAGCAUAUUGACCAGCAGG